AUGUCCUACACCAUGGAACUGGAGCACUUCGACAUCGGGAUAAACCGAGUGGAGCAGAGAGACCAGAAGGUCUACUACAUCAUCCUAAUUCAGUACAAAGAUCUAAAGUACGAAACCAGUAGGAGGUACAGUGAGUUCGAGGAGCUCCACUGGGAAUUACUUCACAUGGGUUUUUCAGCCCUACCAAAUUUACCCAAGAAAAAAUUAAUGGCCUAUAAAAACGCAGAUUAUAUAAACUAUAGAAAGAAAGUACUAAAUUCUUACAUGCACAAUUUAUUUAUCCGGGCGGAUGUGAGAUGUUGUGCUUUGUUUCUGAAUUUUAUUUUAUUUUACGACAAAAUUAAUUUGUCCAUAGAAGUCGUUAAAACCAAGCUGCUGAACAGUAUAGGGUCGCAAAAAUUUUCCAUGAGCGAUUUAUACAUUAACGAAAAAUACAAUUUUAUCAUUUGUGUGUAUGAGGAUAAGAGCAAUUUGAGCAAGCUGGGAAAAUUAUGGUCCAUUAUUGAGCCAGAUAUAGUUGGGGAGAUUAAGGUUUUCACUUAUAAUAACGAUUUGACAUCCACAUUUUGCGAAACAUACAAAGAACAAACCGUAUAUAAGGCUAGAAACAUUGUGUGUGCAGAAUUGCAAAAUGAAGUGAUAAUAUCGGGGGAUGAUGGAAAAAUACACAUUUAUAAAAUUGACACCCAGUUGCUAACCCUAACUUAUGUGAAGAAUAUUCCUUGCCACAAUGAUACCAUUUUAAAAAUGAUGAGUUUCAAUGCAGAAUUAUUUUGCACCUGUGGUUAUGAUAACGCCUUUAGAUUGUUACGAUUUAGUGAUUAUAAAAUUUUAAGUGGAGGAAGAUGUAAUAAACGUUUGGAUAAGGAUAAAAUUACUACAUGUCACCUGAUGAACCAUGGAAAUAUCGUCCUUGGAACAGACUGUUCAGUUUUCUUUAUUUACAAUAUGAUGACCAAUCCUCCUCUCUACCUAGAUACCAAGAAACUCAAGAAUGGCGAAAAAAUUAAUUGCUUCGCUAACACGGAUAAGUACCUAUUUAUAGGAUACGACAACAUCAUUGCGUGCUACAAUUACCAUUAUAGCAAUGAGGCAAAAAAUGGGAGGGGUCUAACAUUAAGUGGGGCCUUCUCAGAAUGUGUGCCUAACCAGGAUUCACCAGGUGCUAGACACACCUAUGCGCAAAUCGGCGAAAAGGAGCCUCUCCUCACCAAACUAAUAGUGGACAAUAACAUGUCGGCACAGUACAUCCCACCAUUGCUCUACGACAAUACUGUUCUAUCCCUAUGUGUUAACAAAGAGAAAAAAGUACUCUACGCAGGGUAUGAGGACGCAAUUGUUAUCUGGUCCAUAACGAGCGGUCUGAUCGUUUCAGCUUUCCAUGGGCAUACAAAUGGGGUGCAUGUUUUAAAUUUUUUGAGCAGUUCAGGUUUUUUACUCUCAGGGGGAGAUGGGGGGAAUUUGAAAGUAUGGAAGAAUGACAUAGAUAAUUUUCAAAUAUGGAAGCCGAAAAGGAAGAAUUACAGAGCCUACGAAACGACAGGGAUCAACCCCCAAGCAGUGUACGCCGGGUCCUCCACACACGGAAACACGCAGCAUAAUAAUUUCAAUUUUAACGAAAGUGAUGAUGGUGACGACCCCGAUAACGGGAGCAGUCCACAGAGCGAGUCCAUGUCUAUUGAUCACUUGUUAGGAGAAACGAAUAAAAAGUACGACUACCAAGUAUAUGAUACGUCUAACUACAAGAAGGACCUAAUUAAUUACAAUGCAUCAACAAAUAUAAACAGUGUUAACUCCUCCAUCAGUAACUUUUUUUACGAUAAAAGUAUGAGUAAUGCACCUCAGGAGUUUCUCUCCGAUGCGAGCAACCUGGAUGUUUGUAUACUCACAAACCUCGAAGACCGAGGCCGAAGCGCUAGCUACGACUGUGAUGUUGAUGCAAAUUUUAGUAAACCAGAUAAUUCCUUUCACGCAGCACAAUGUAGCCAGGACUUUAAGCAGAAUAAUACGUAUUACUCCGUAGUUAAGGAGGAUGUGAAGUUCGACCAUAGUGGACAAAGUAGGGAGCAUUACCAGCAUGAUCAGUCUAACGGGCGUGAUCACGAAGAUUGUGACGUGCCUCCCAUUGCACGAAAUGAAUACGGGGCGAACUACGAGAAUGCGGGUUCCUACGGGAAGACGGAACACAACGGUGGUCACCAUAGUGGUGGUUACCGAAGUAGUGCUCACCAGAUGGGCGUAUAUGGAGAAAAUUACAACAGCGCUAGUGCCCCUCAAGUGCAACAGAACUCCGAUGCGGAUGCACCGAAUCCAAUAGGUAUGGAACACAGUAAUGAGGAUGCCCAAUUCAGUAACUUAAAGAGGGACAUCGUUUACGUCAGUGACGAGGACGAUGAUUUGAUUUCGGCCUUUAGGUAG